AUGUUUGAACGUUGCCACAGCUGCACUUCAUCGUGGCUGAUACUUGCCAUGAUGAUCUUUGUGAUGAUUCAUGUGGUUCUUGUUUCCGCAGCGUCGUUGGGGAAUAUUAAAAUUGAUGAUCGGAGAGAGUUGAAUGAACGACCUACCAUGGUCCGUUCUAGUCAUCAUCAUUAUGACUAUUCAACAAUUAAAAGAAAUGAUCCAUAUAAAUUUUCAGGCGCUAUUCCUACUUCUCAAUAUAUUGUUAUGAGUAGAUCGGAUACUCCAACAGGAAUGAGUGGAAUUUUACAAUUAAAGAAUGGUACAGGAGGUCCCUAUGGAAAUGAUAUCUCACAAUUAUUGUUUACUGUCACAUACAUGACUGAUGCUAUCGUUCAUAUUAAAAUUACGGACAAGGAUCAAAAGAGAUGGCAGGCAGAUAAAUAUGUAUUGAAUGAAAACUUGACAAACUUGAAAAAAUCAGCUGCUGGGAAUAUUUAUCAGGUGACCAUCGCCAAAGUUGGUGAGCCAUUCUAUUUUACCAUACGUCGAAAUGUGGGGCAAUCGGCACCAAUUUUUGACACCGCCAAUAGACCUUUCAUUUUCAGCGAUCAGUACAUUAGUAUUGGGACAGAACUUGCGCCAGAUUAUUACGGUGGCGAACCUAAUAUUUAUGGAUUGGGAGAACGCAUUGAUUGUUUCCGUUUGAACAUCACUGACAACGAAUUUAUUAUUUGGAAUAACGACAAUGGAAAUGCAGAGAAAAUGAAUUUAUAUGGAAGUCAUCCAUUCUAUCUCUAUGCCACUCCAAAUUCUGAAGCUCAUGGAGUCUUUCUUUUAAACUCAAAUGCCAUGAGCAUUAGAACAGAAUAUCAAAAUUCCGCCAAAUAUUUGCAAUAUCAAACGAUUGGAGGAGUUUUAGAUUUCUACUUUUUCCUUGGUCCAAGUGCUGAGAGCGUUAUUCAACAAUACCACAGCAUUAUUGGUAAGCCACAUUUUCCACCCAUGUGGGCCUUUGGGUUCCACCAAUGCAGAUGGGGAUAUCAUACAUUGGAUGAUGUGAAAGCCGUUGUUCAGGGCUACGACAACAAUCAAUUGCCGCUAGAUGCCAUGUGGACUGACAUUGAUUACAUGUAUCAAUAUUGGGAUUUCACAUUCGAUCCAACACGUUUUCCAAUUAAUGACGUUCGAAACUUUGUCACCAAUGAUUUGAAACAAAAAGGAAGAAAAUAUGUAGUCAUUGUAGAUCCUGGUAUUCCAAUCGUGGAUUUAACAAAGAACAGUUAUGAACCUUUUGAGUUGGGUCUUUCUCUUGAUAUUUUCAUUAAGCAAGGAUCCUCGAAUGGUUAUGUCAAUCAUACGGUAUGGCCAGGUAAUUGCUAUUUCCCUGAUUUUUCAAAUCCUUUAUGUAAGGACCACUAUUGGAAACCACUCGUUCAUGGAUUUUUAGCUCUUUCAGGAGUUGGAGGACUUUGGAUUGACAUGAACGAACCAGCAACCUUAGACUUUUAUAUUCCAAACCAAAAUAGUCUCAAUUUUCCACCGUUUGUUCCCGGAGCAAGCAAUGAACCACUCUUCCACAAAACAAUUGAUUUGGAUUCGAGAAUGAGUGCCACCACGCACUACAAUGCUCACAAUUUAUAUGGAUUUUUGGAGGCCAAAGCAACAGCUGAAGCCCUAAAAACCUAUUAUAACAAGAGACCUUUUGUGUUAACAAGAAGUAGCUUUGCUGGAAGUGGUCAUUAUGUAUCUCAUUGGACUGGUGACAAUGAUAGUACAUUUGAAAGUAUGAGAACUUCGAUUGCUUCCAUUCUUUUGAACGGAAUGUUUGGUUUUGCACAUGUCGGUUCUGAUAUUGGAGGAUUCAAUGGCGAAACAACCAAAGAGCUCUUAAUUCGAUGGAUGCAAUUAGGAUCACUCUAUCCAUUCAGUCGUAAUCACAAUGCUAUUGGUAUGCGAUCACAAGAACCUUUUGCAUUUGAUCAACAAACAACAGAUAUUUCACGAAAAUACUUAUUGAACAGAUACUCUUUACUUCCUUACAUUUACACGACCCACGCAUUGGUUCACAUGAAUGGUGGUGCUGCAGCGAAACCACUCUUCUUUGCAUUCCCUUAUGAUAAGCAAGUGUAUGGCAUUAGCGAACAGUUCUUGUUUGGUGACGCAUUACUUGUGUCACCUGUCUUGUAUUAUCAACAGACAGUGGUUCAUGCUUAUUUCCCAUCUUCAUCUGUUUGGUAUGAUUAUUAUUGUGGCCAACAAGUGCAUCCUGGAAAGGAUGGCUAUGCUGACGUCAAUGCCCCAUUGGAUACAAUGCCAAUUCAUAUUCGAGGAGGUUACAUUAUUCCAAAACAAACUCCAGGUUUAAACACGGUACAACAACAGUUUAAUCCUUAUAGUUUAGUAAUUGCUUUGGACUCGAAUCAAAACGCUCAAGGUCAUCUCUUCUUGGACGAUGGAGAAUCAAUUGAUUCAAUUUCGGGUGGAAAAUAUACAAUGAUAUCAUUUAACUCUACACGCGUCUCAUCGUCACAAUACGUGAUUCAAGCAAUGCCAAUUGUGAAUGGUUAUUCUGAAUCGGGCAAGCUUUCAUUAACUUCUAUUACUACCAUUGGUAUUCAGGGACGUAAUAUUUGUUUCGUGAAUGUGAAUGGCCAACCAUGGGCGGGGUUCGGAUAUCAGCCAAAUAUUGGCCUUCUUCUCAUUCAAAACUUGUCCUUGAGCUUGUCUUCAUCAUGGAAGAUUACUUUCCAAACUUGUUGA